AUGACUUUACACGCUGGCACCAGAGUGCCAAAUGACCGCCUCAUCUUCGUUAAGAACGUCCCCAGCUACGUCGCCGACGAUCAAGUUACUGAUUUGUUUUCCCCAUACCGCCCUGUAAGUUACAAAAACAUCUACAAGGGGAGCAAUAUCACAACAAUCGUCGUUGGCUUCCGGAGCACGAGCGACGCAGCGCGUGCCCAACGUGAGACAGAUGGGAGCUGUCUAGGCAACGCCGUCAUUAAGGUGGAAAUGUAUGAGCAGCGGCGUUCAAUCCGCUAUAUCAGAGAUCACGGAUACGACAGCAGCGUACCAUGGGAGGUUGGGGAGCAGGAGGAGGGAUACUCCUACGAAGACGAGCAGCCUGACGAGGAAGUUCCGUCAAAGGAAGUCACCGCACACUUCUCGCCGUUGUACCCGGCUCCAGUCAAACUGUCUAGUACAGCUGCACAGGGUACCACAUGGGCGCACAUCGCAAGUAGCCAUUACACCCAAGCAGUCACUAAGGAACCCGCCAUCACCAAAGCAGACUCGGCGCCGAGUCCCGCUUCAACGCCCAUUGCGACGCCGCAGAUCACGACCGCCAUCCCCGUCAAGCCGAUUGAGCCAGAAGCUCAAGUCUCCGCACCACCGUCCCCGGUAGUAGCGGUCUCGCCCAGCGACACUACCACUAUCGCGAUAUCUGAACCAUCUGUCCGUGACGAAUCGUCCGGUGACGGAGCCCACGGACCAGAAACAGAACAUCAGAUUAUGAGGUGGAGCGGGAUUAUGAAAUGGGCGCAGGACAGUGGUGGCGAUGGUAUCCAAGAGAUGCAGUCUAGGCCGUAUGUGCCACUUGAUACAGCGGUACGUAUUCGACAAGUCCAUUGUCGUGAUUGUGCUUUUUGCAAGUCGAUGGAGAGGGUGCGCAAGGAGAAUGAGUAA